AUGAUCUAUGACGAGACCUAUCGCAAUACAAGCGAGACGCGGUGGUCCAACAACUACUUUUUCCUGGAGGGAAAAGGGUAUGUGCUUCGCUCACGAUAUCGUCCAGAUUGGACUGCAUCGUGGCUCGGGACGAAUCGCAACAAAGGCCAGUGUGAAGAUUCGGUCAUUCCAAAUGUUUGCCAAUCAUUCCUUCCCCACAUUCUUGACGCCACGCAACGAACUACUGGUCGAACAGUCUGCAUCAAGUGGAUCAGGCAAGCCUACACAGAAAACGAGAGAGCCAUCUGCGAGUACUUGCGUUCGCCGCGGCUAUCACUAGAUCCUACGAACCAUUGCGUUCCAGUUAUUGAAUUCAUUCCGGAUCUAUCUGUCGAUGGCGCAUGCUUCCUCGUCAUGCCGCUACUCCGUCCCUUCAACGAUCCGGAAUUUGUGGUAAUUGGAGAAGUGGUGGAGUUUAUUCAACAGAUUCUUGAUGGUUUGAAAUUUAUGCACAAACAUGGCGUAGCUCACCGCGAUUGUGUCGGCUUGAAUAUCAUGAUGGACGCGAGUACAAUGUAUCCCAAUGGGUGGCAUCCAAUCCUUCGUAGUUUCUCGCCAAAUUUGACCGAUGUUGCGCACCAUUGCGAUCGCAUCGACGCAAACGUCAAGUACUUUUUUAUCGACUUUGGAAUCUCAACCCGUUUCCUCCCAGGACAACAACGUGUUGUUUCUGAUUUUCGCGGGCGUGAACAACGGCCUUCUGAGCUUGUGGCUGGACUUCCUCAUGAUCCUUUCAAAAUAGACAUGGCCAUCAUUGGCUAUCUACUCGAUGAUAAUUUCUACAAGGCAGACGAUCCAGCUCGACGUCCAACAGCGGAAGAAGCUCUUAUGGCAUGGAACACCAUCCGCCGCGUUAUCGAUCAAGCAAAGUAUCAUUCAAGGCUGCGCAAACACGGAGAGACGUUGUCGGAGGCAUUGCUCAACAGCUCGCUUCAUGCCUUCAAGGGCGUCAGGAGACUUGUCGCUUCAUAA